GCGGUUCUUUGUGUGUCUCAGAGCAGGAGGGAGGGGGAACAGUCUGAGGUGACACGAGGGAGAGGAGACACAGGAGAGGCAGAGAGAGAGAGAGAGAGAGAGAGAGAGAGAGAGAGAGAGAGAGAGAGAAAGAGGAGAGAAAGUAGAGUUGACAUCUCCAGUGCUUGCCUUGGAAGCAACCUCAGGCUUGAACCCGCAGUGGCUAUUCAGAUGCAACAAGGUCGAGGCGUGUUUUUGUAGCGAGCAUCAUGCACUAGCUGGUCUCUGCUCUGUGGUGGCGAGCAUGUUUUAAUUGGUCUCUGUCAGAUUUUUUUGGGACAUUCAGAAGACAAUCUUUUACGCUAUUUUUGUCAUUUAGUGGAGCUUCAUUUAGCUCCCUUCCACGAUCCGAUGAUUACAGGGCAGCUGAGCAAGCCGCUGCUCUCCCUGCGCAGCGAGAUGAGCGUGGCGGAACUCCGGGCCGAGGACAAAGCGGCCACCCCAGAUAGCGAGCUCAACGACGAGUCCCUGCUCCUGUCCUCCGAGGCCAGGGACAGAGAGGACAUUCCCAACAAGCUCUAUGGAGCCCGUGAUGGCUCUGUCCAGUCUGAUGCCAGCAGCAGCCCGUCAGAACAGAGUCAGCUGGGACAGUGUCACCCCGCCUACCCGGUGGGACCACAGUGUCUUUCUAUUCAGUCUCUGCUGGUGGCUCAGCAACUAGCCCAGCAGCUGGCCGGGGGGUCUCCAGGCCUGAACCAGCCCAUCCUCAUUCCCUUCAAUACAGGCGGCCACCUGGGAGGCCAGCAGGGGCUGGUGCUCUCGCUGCCCACGGCCAACAUCCAGGGCCUGAUGGCUGCAGCAGCCGCACAGGGCAUCAUGACCCUUCCCCUACAGAACCUGCAAGCUACCUCAUCCCUGAACUCCCAGCUUCAGCACCUGCAGCAGCUUCAACAGAUACAACAGCACCACCAGCAGCAACAACAGCACCAUCACCAACAACAGCAACACCAUCAGCAGCAUCAACACUCCCACAGCCACGUCCACAACCAUCUGUCAUCGCGGGGUCACAUGACCUCGCCCAGCCUACAGCCGUCCUCUGUCUCGGUCCCCUCCCCUGGCUCCGCCUCCUCCACCACCUCCAUGACCGGCUCGGGCCUACCGCCGCAGUCUCCGCCGCUCAGGCAGAACCAAUCACCGGCCCGCAGCCUGCCCUCGCCCGUCACACCGCCCAUGCCACUGCAGUUGAACCCUCUGGCCAGCCAGGCUGCGGUGGCGGCAGCAGCAGCAGCUAUGGGCUCCAUGGCCGGAUCCCAGGUCUUUGGCAACACCCUCUCCAACCUGCAAGCUGGAGUCACGGGGCAACUGGUCACUAAUGCACAAGGACAGAUAAUUGGAACGAUCCCACUUAUGCCCAACUCUGGGGGGCCCUCGAGCCAAUCAGGGGGCGUAAACCCAGCGCUGCAGGUCCAGCCAAUUACACCCCAGCUUCUGACCAACGCCCAGGGCCAGAUCAUCGCCACGGUGAUCGGCAAUCAAAUCCUGCCUGUCAUCAACACCCAGGGAAUCACACUGUCACCAAUCAAGCCUGGACAGCAGCUGCCUCAGGCUCAGCAUGUUCAGACAGGCCCAGUGUCGUCUCAGCCCAACCUGCUCCACAUGCCCCACAGCCAGAGUCCUCUCCGCCAGGCCUCUUCCUCCUCCUCGUCCUCAUCUUCCUCCUCCGCCCUCAGCGUGGGUCAGCUGGUCAGCAACCCCCAGACGGCCGCCAGCGAGGUGGAUGGGGUCAACCUGGAGGAGAUUCGGGAGUUCGCCAAAGCGUUCAAAAUCCGCCGCUUGUCCCUGGGCCUGACCCAGACGCAGGUGGGUCAGGCGCUCAGCGCGGCCGAGGGCCCGGCCUAUAGUCAGUCUGCCAUCUGCAGACACACCAUCCUGAGAAGCCACUUUUUCCUACCACAGGAAGCCCAAGAGAACCCUAUAGGUAGCAGUCUGACAGGCAAACUGAACCCUGGCCUUUUAUAUCCUGCCAGGUUUGAGAAGUUGGACAUCACCCCAAAAAGCGCCCAGAAGAUUAAGCCGGUUCUGGAGCGCUGGAUGGCCGAGGCCGAGGCCCGCCACCGGUCCGGCAUGCAGAACCUGACCGAGUUUAUCGGCAGUGAGCCCUCCAAAAAACGCAAGCGGAGGACCUCUUUCACCCCACAAGCGCUGGAGAUCCUCAACAGCCACUUUGAGAAGAACACGCACCCCUCUGGACAGGAAAUGACUGAGAUAGCUGAGAAACUGAACUAUGACCGUGAGGUGGUCCGUGUCUGGUUCUGCAACAAGAGGCAAGCGUUGAAAAACACAAUAAAGCGGUUGAAACAGCCCGGUGACCUGGACCUGGACCUCGGCCCGACCGCGCCCAUGGACCCUCUCUCUGAUUCUCUGGAAGAGCUCCCAAAAUGAACGACCAAAACUAGAGGUAAAGAGGAAAGUCCUAACAACAUGGUGGAUCAUGACCCAAAGUAAGAU